UCAAGCUAGUUUCAAAAAACCCAGUCAAAUCCAGUAUUUUUCCUUCCCCCACAACCAACAGCUAUUAGCCUGUGUAAUAAUCCUUAACCGACCCUCAAAAGCUUCCAAACUACAUUUAUGGGGUCUUCAUGCAGUACUUGGUCAGCAUAUUUGCCAUCCUUCGGCCUAUUUGCCAUUAUUCAUUUCCUAUGCUUUAGCUUGCCAGCCUUUGCCAUCCACAAGAGCAAUGAGACUGACCGACUAGCCUUGCUGGAAUUCAAAGCCAGAAUAACUAAUGACCCUUUCGGGGUCUUUAGUUCAUGGAACAGCUCUCUUCACUUCUGCCACUGGCAUGGUGUCAUUUGUGGUCGAAGGCACCAAAGGGUCACGGUUCUAGACCUACAAUCCGUCAAACUUUCAGGUUCCUUGUCUCCACAUGUUGGCAAUCUGAGCUUUUUAAGGAAGUUGUACCUUCAAAACAAUAGCUUCAGCCAUGAAAUCCCUCCUCAAAUUGGCCAAUUAGGUAGAUUGCAAGAGUUAUAUCUUCAUAACAAUUCAUUUGGUGGUGAGAUUCCUUCAAAUAUAUCUGGUUGUUCAAACAUUGUUGCCAUUAUUUUGGAGCACAACAAGCUGGUAGGGAGUUUCCCUGUGUGGCUUGGCUCCUUACUAAAGCUUAAAACAAUCUUUUUGGGUGCCAACAAUCUGACAGGAACUGUUCCUCAAUCUCUAGGGAAUUUGACAUCUCUUACGCAACUGUAUGCAUAUGAGAAUAGUUUGCAUGGGCAUCUCACUAAUAUUUUAGGCCGAUUAAUGAAUCUACGGGAAUUAUCCAUGUGUGAUAAUCAGUUAUCGGGUCCUAUACCUCCCUCAAUCUUCAAUCUCUCUUCGAUCGAGGCUUUAGACUUGUCAGGUAAUUACUUACAGGGGGAUCUCCCAUUAAGCUUAGGCAAUUCUCUUCCAAACAUCCAAUUCUUUUCCAUUACUUCCAACACACUCACUGGAUCCAUUCCAAUCUCAAUUUCUAAUGCCUCAAAUCUUGGAUCUCUUUUUCUAUCCUCAAAUAAUCUUAGAGGAAGUGUGCCUUCUCUUGAAAAGUUGCAUAGGCUUUCAGCAUUAAGCCUUAGUAACAACUAUCUUGGAAGUGGGAAUGCUGAUGACUUGAAGUUUCUUUACGAUUUGAUUAAUGCCACCACUUUACAAGUAAUAGACAUACGCCGCAACAACUUUGGCGGACAGCUGCCUGCACACAUUGGCAACUUUUCAAGGAUGCUCCAGAUGAUUGACAUAGAAAACAAUCAAAUAUCUGGAAAAAUCCCAACCGGGAUAGAGUUUCUCGUUAACUUGAAUGGCUUCUAUGCAUCGUCGAACAAACUCUCAGGUACCAUACCUUUCAGCAUUGGGAAGCUUCAAAAUUUACAAGAGAUUUAUCUUGAAUCUAAUGAUCUCUUGGAAUUUAUUCCAUCUUCUAUAGGAAACUUGACAAAUUUAAUUAUAGUUUCUUUAUCCCACAAUAACCUUCAAGGCAUGAUCCCUUUUAGUCUUGGCAAUUGCGAAAAAUUGCUUGCAUUAGAUCUUUCUACAAACAAUCUCAGUGGUCCCAUACCUCCAAAAGUUGUUGGACUUUCUUCCCUUGCAAUUGGCCUUGAUUUAUCUGAAAAUCGCUUGUCUGGCUCCAUUCCCCUUGAAGUAGGAAAGUUGAAAAAUUUAGGGUAUCUAUCCCUUUCUCAUAACAUGUUAUCAGGAGUCAUUCCCUAUACUCUUGGUGAUUGCACAAGUCUAGAACUCCUAUGCAUGAAUGCCAAUCACUUAGAAGGGUCCAUUCCUUCAUCUUUUAGUUCAUUAAGAGCCAUUAAACAAUUGAAUCUUUCUCAAAACAAUUUGUCUGGCAAAUUUCCAGAAUUUCUAAAGAGCUUUGAAUCAAUAGAGCUUUUGGAUCUAUCUUACAAUAAUUUUGAAGGAAUGGUACCGAAGGAAGGCAUUUUCAGAAAUGCAAGUGCAACAUUGAUAACAGGGAAUAAGAAUCUUUGUGGUGGCAUACCUGAUUUUGGGCUUCCUGAAUGCACAUUUAAGAAACUAAAAAAUAGACUCACUGGAAAGUUGAAGACAAUAAUCUCUAUAGUUUUUGCACUCGUGGCCAUAGCACUUGUGCUUACUUGUUUAUUUCUUUAUUUCUCAAGAAAGAGGAAAAGAGAGUCUGCAUCAGGAUCAUAUGGGAAUUCACUCCUGAAACUGUCUUAUCAAAGGCUCCUUAAAGCCACUAAUGGAUUCUCUCUAGAAAAUUUGAUUGGUACCGGCAGAUUUGGGUCUGUGUAUAGAGGGGUCCUCGAUCAAGAGGGAAUCAUUAUUGCGGUGAAGGUGCUUAAUCUUACGAGCCGUGGAGCUUCAAGGAGUUUUAUAGCUGAAUGUGAGGCUUUAAGGAACAUAAGACAUCGAAAUCUUGUCAAAGUACUCACAGCUUGUUCAGGUAUUGACUAUCAUGGUAAUGAUUUCAAAGCUUUGGUUUAUGAUUUCAUGGUUAAUGGGAGUUUAGAUCCUUGGUUGCAUCCAACUCUUGGAUCAGAUGGAGUCCCAAGGGCUUUAAAUUUUCUUCAAAGGUUGAAUAUUGCUAUUGAUGUUGCUUCUGCAUUGGAGUAUCUUCAUCUUCAUUGUGAAAUGCAAAUUGUUCAUUGUGAUCUAAAACCGAGCAAUGUUCUUCUUAAUGAAGAAAUGAGUGGACAUUUGAGUGAUUUUGGGUUGGUAAAGUUCCAUUCCAAUAGCAUAGUCGAUUGCUCUACAGAUCAGUUCAGUUCUAUUGGAGUAAGAGGAACGAUUGGUUAUUGCCCUCCAGAGUAUGGCAUGGGAAGCAAAGUAUCCACAUUUGGUGACGUAUUUAGCUUUGGCAUACUAUUGUUGGAGAUGUUCACAGGAAAGAGGCCCACCGAUAACAUGUUUAAAGAGGGUUUAAGCCUUCACAAUUUUGUUAAGAGAGCUUUGCCUGAACAAGUGACAAAAGUCAUAGAUCCUAGUAUUUUUCAAAUGCAACUCAAUGUAGCCGCAACAUCAAACCAUAACCACGAUUUAAGGAGCAAGAGAAGCAAUAUAUUCAUUGAAUGCUUGAUUUCAAUAUUUGAAAUUGGAAUCUCUUGUUCUAAUGAAUCACCACAAAAGCGCAUGAAUAUCGGCGAUGUUGUUGUUCAACUCUCUUCUAUCAAAAAUAAAUUUGUGGGAACUCAACUACCAAGGGAGAGAUAAACAGUGAAUACACUUCAAGUGGCAGGUGCGCAAGGUUGAUGAUUGGGAUGGCAAAUGCUGGUUGAUUGCCAUGAAGCAUAAAUAACAUCUUUCUAUCUAUAUGGAGUUAAUUAUAAGUUUGUAAUGGCUUUACUAUCUAAUGUUUCCAAAAUGUGCCUUUUUGGCUAUGCUGGAUAUAUGUAAUGUAGCUACUGCCAAUAAUUAUAUGCUUGUAAUGCUGCUUCUCACAGGGUAUAGUUAGUACUUUGUUUGCUAUGAAGCUUGUGGUCUCUCCUUUCCUUGCUAAUAUCUAUUUUUGCAAUAAUGUAGCUCAACGGUCUUGUGAUCCUUAGGCACUCGGUGCAGCCACCACUACUCUGUUUUGUAGAAAAUGCUUUUCUUAUUUGGCUACAAAAUUUUUGUUUUCUUAUGAAUUGGGAGAAGCAGAUUAAGUGAUAA